UGCCGUCCGCUGUGCCUAUUGGAGAGUCGCGCCGGCGCUGCGCUCGCUUCCCUCCUCCCGACAAGAUGGCGCUGGAGGUGCGGAGAAUGGACGGUGAGGUGGAGGACGGUGAGCUUUCCGACUCGGACGCCGACAUGGUCGGCACCGGCUCUCCUGACGAUCCGCAGCAGAAAUCACAUGAUGGCAGUGAUUCAGGCAGACCAUUCCAGAGUAGCACUUCAUGUGCACCAAGUGUUCCUUAUCGGAUGACCAAAAGUGUGGAUUCAAGUGAUGAAAGCUUUUCUGAAUCUGAUGAUGACAGCUGUCUGUGGAAACGAAAACGACAGAAAUGUUUCAACUUUCCUCCUGCUAAAUGUGAGCCUUUUCACCAGAGCCACCAGAAACAAGCUGCUCAAGGUGGCAAGAAGGUCAACAAUAUUUGGGGUAUGGUGCUACAGGAGCAGAAUCAGGAUGCUGUAGCUACUGAACUUGGCAUUCUAGGCAUGGAUGGUAGUAUUGACAGAAGCAGGCAAUCUGAGACUUACAAUUAUUUGUUGGCUAAAAAGCUGAUGAAGGAAGCUCAGCAAAAGGAGGCAGAGACUUUAGAUAAAGAAUUGGAUGAAUACAUGCAUGAUGACAAGAAAACAUCACCAUCGGAAGAAGAAAAUGGUCAAGGCUUUCUUAAACGGAAGCGACCUGUAAAAGACAGACUGGGUGAAAGGCAAGAAAUGAAAUACAAAGGAAGGUAUGAGAUAACAGAAGAAGAUUCAGAAGAAAAAGUGGCAGAUGAAAUUGCUUAUCGGCUUUGUGAGCCAAAGAAAGAUUUAAUUGCCAGAGUGGUGAAAAUACUUGGGAAAAGAAAAGCUAUUGAACUGCUUGUGGAAACAGCUGAAGUGGAACAAAAUGGUGGACUGUUCAUAGUGAAUGGCACUAGGAGGAGAACACCAGGGGGCGUUUAUUUAAACCUAUUGAAGAACACACCCAGCGUCACAGAACAACAAAUCAAGGAAAUAUUCUAUCUGGAAAACCAGAAGGAGUAUGAGAACAAAAAAGCUGCUAAAAAGAGGAGAAUACAAGUUCUAGGAAAGAAAAUGAAAAAAGCCAUUAAAGGCCUUAACCUGCAUGAAUAUGAUGAUGCAUCUCGUGAGACUUUUGCUAGUGAUACAAAUGAGGCUCUGGCUUCCCUGGAUGAUCUACAGGAGGGGCAUCAUGAAGCAAAGAUGGAACCUGAAGAUAGUAUUGAAAUUGACAAUGCUCAUGAUUUGGAGAUCUUCUAAUUACUAAUGUUCUUGAUAAAAAAAGUCUAUAAAACAUUAAAUGAGGCUUUCUCAUUCUCCCAUGGCUUCUUGUUUUCGUAAGAUAUAUGGGAAAUAUUUGAUACUGAAGACCUUGACAUAAUUCUUAGCUAAAUUGAACAGCAUGGAAGACAUUAGUUGUCAUAUUUGCUGAGUCCUCAAAAACUCUUACAUUUAUUCUGUAUAAUAGCUCUGCAUCACUGUGUUUGUUUCAUAGAAACUUACUUUAGCCAGAUGUUAGGUUUGUAAGUUAAAGAUAUGUUUUAAUUGAAUACAUCAUACUUAAUUUGCUGAAGCUAACAAAGUCAUCAAGCAAGCAAUGUUCCUCAUUACAGCUCAAUAGAAAAACAGUGUAAAGUUAGUGUUGAUAAUAAAAGAUCAUAUGGUUUUUCAUAUGGCUAUGUGUUGACAGGAAUAGCAGUGUUUAUAGGAUUAAGACCUGUAAAAGGAGAUUAGUUUGUAAAAUAAUUUAAGGCCAGUGACCUUUGAAUAACAGCCUUGUAAAUAAGCACUAUUGAAAAAUGUAUGUUUUAAAUUUCUGAAGCAGUUUA